UGUUUGCUUUUUCCCCGGAUCUGGAUGAAGGGGUUGGUCUGCCCCUGCCCUGCUCUGCCCCACUUCUGGCAGCUGGGGGCUCACUUCAUGGCUGAGGGUUCCAGAACCCAGGCACCCAGGGAAGGUCCCCCUGUCAGCAUCCAGUUCCUGAGAGCCCAGUACGAAGGCCUGAGGAGGCAGCAGAGGACCCAGGCCCACCUUCUGGUGCUCCCAAAAGGAGGGAGCAUACCUACUCCUGCUGAGUCCGUGGUCACUACUGUCUGGAUCAACAAGGAGAGAAGGAGCUCACCGCCCCCAGAAGAGGCAGAUCCUGGGGUGCAGGGGACACUGGAGGGAGCUGACAGAAACUGUCUGCAGGCUCCUGAAUCUCCAUGGCACACACACCUUGAGAUGCAUCGCUUGGUCCAAACCUUUCACCAAAAAGACAGUCAUCAAGUGAAUCUGGAAGGCCAGCUUGUGGGGCUCCCUCCAGAAGGAGACCCACACUCACUGGAAAACAAUCAGAAGACCCUCCGAGGAACCAACAACCCAGAGGCAACCCAGCAACAACAUCAGGGCAUCAACACCAAAACAAAGGAUGUGGGAUCCAGUUUAAAAAACAGCAUCCAGUGUCUUCCUUCCAUGAAGAACCCACACAGGUCUGGCAAAGCAGCUCACUAUCCAUUUCCUCAGAGGAAAACUCCCAGGAUCUCCCAAGCUGCCCGGAACCUGGGCUUAUAUGGCUCAACCUGAAGUUUUUAACUCAGCCACACGGCUCAGCCUUUGUGCCAUCUAUGGACUCAUCAAAGAACCAAAGAGACAGAGC